GGCCCUCAUCGCGUCUACUCUCCUAUUACGACUGACGUUGGACAACAAAGAUGGCGGCAGGAACCAGCAAUUACUGGGAAGAUCUCAGGAAACAGGCUCGACAGCUGGAAAAUGAACUUGACCUGAAACUAGUUUCCUUCAGUAAACUAUGUACAAGUUACAGUCACAGUAGUUCCCGAGAUGGAAGACGCGACAGGUAUAGUUCCGACACAACACCCCUUUUAAAUGGAUCAAGCCAAGACAGAAUGUUUGAGACAAUGGCAAUUGAGAUUGAACAGCUUUUGGCAAGGCUUACAGGGGUAAAUGAUAAAAUGGCAGAAUAUACCAACAGUGCAGGUGUCCCUUCCUUGAAUGCAGCACUGAUGCAUACAUUACAGCGACACAGAGACAUAUUACAGGAUUAUACUCAUGAAUUCCAUAAAACCAAAGCAAACUUUAUGGCAAUACGGGAAAGGGAGAAUCUCAUGGGAUCAGUACGAAAGGAUAUUGAGUCAUAUAAAAGUGGGUCCGGAGUAAACAACAGAAGAACUGAACUGUUUUUAAAAGAACAUGACCACCUUCGAAACUCAGAUCGUCUGAUAGAAGAGACAAUAAGCAUUGCUAUGGCAACAAAAGAAAAUAUCACUUCACAGAGAGGAAUGUUAAAGUCAAUUCACAGCAAAAUGAACACUUUGGCCAUGUUUUUGUAUCCUGUUGAGGAAUCUUUGCCUACCCCGAAGGCCAUGAAGAUAUUCUCCAAUGUUUUCUUCUAGAAGCUGUAUUGUUUUUCUUUUCUGUUUAGAACUAUAAUCAUUUUACAAUUGA